AUGGAUCGAAUUGGCGACAAUGGGGUGAGCCUUGAGUUCUCGAGGAUUCUCCAGCUGUUGAACUCGUCUCAACUCUUUCAAAAGUUACAUUCAGGAAGGACGAUUAAACAAUUACUCCCAAACGAUACAACGAGCAAAUCGAUGGGUUUCAUCUCUCAAAUCUCCCGGAUUCUCGUCGCUUUCGAUGAUGGUUCAAGGAUACCAAUCAUUGUAAAAAUUCCCGAACUCCACACGAUCACCCAUUCGAUGGUAUUGAUUUGCGGCGAGAAAGAGCGAAAUUUCAUGCGGGAAAAUGGGAAAGCUACUGCCUAUGCCACUGAGCCAUGGAGAUACGGAGAUGCGAGCUCGUGCGGCUCGGUGAUCAUGAGAGAUCUCUCCGCGCAAGCUGAACCCAGCAAUAUCUACAAUGGACUCAAUCCUUCGCAACUCCUCGAGAUUUUGUCGCAAAUCGCGUGGAUUCAAGUGCACGGUUUGCGCUCGAAAACGCCGUACAUUCGAUUGUCGGAUGGAUAUAUGGAGUUUUUCUACAAAAUGCAAGAACCAGCCAGCACGUGGACGACUCUUGAACCAAAGAUUGGUCCCGAAUUCGAGAAGAUUCAACACUUGUACAAGAAUCGACACUUCUGGCAUUAUGUCUUCAGAGAAUCACAUAAAGAUCUGGGCAUUCCCGAUGUGAUCUGUCAUGGUGACAUGUGGGCGUACAAUUUUUUGUGGAACAAAACUGGCAAAAUGUGCAUCACGGUGAUUUUCGAAUAC